AAGGACGUGGAACGCGGUGGUUAAACGAAUUCCAACAAAAAAAGUAAUACAUAUUUGAAUAUUGAAAAAUAAAACAAGAACUAGUCUAGCUUCCCAACAGAAUUUAAACCAUGACUGCGGUGAAAAUGAGAAGAACGAUUGCCAGCUGGAUUAAUUUGAUUAUAGGAUGGUUUCACUUUUUGUUUUCGAUUGCGCUGUCCAUGGGUCUGCUGUACUAUUUGAUAUUCUAUUAUGAGAGACCACAUGAUAAUCCAAAAAUUGCCGCAUUUGGACUACCGGUGCUUUUGGCUAUAUUUUUAUUCAGUUUCUCCAGUUUUAUCUUUGAUAUACUUCUGAUAGCUGGUAUUCUUGCUAGACGAGUUAAUUUAAUAUCCGCCUUUGUUAUUGGCAACUAUAUGGUCUUGGGUUUCCUGAUGUCUUGCGCUGUGUUCUUCUUUGCCGAGGAUUAUGUACACAAGGAUACAACAGUGGGAAAUUUAAUAAAUCCUCUAAUGCAUGGCUUGACAUUGGUUACCAUGAUUUAUUUAUUCUACCCCGUCUAUCUGUUGGUCCAACAGACACGCCUACCACCCUCCAAUGAUCAUGAAAUUUUGGAUGAGACUGAUGUUUUAGCCCGACCUGAUACAUCUUCGAAAACUACGAAACCUGUUAAACACACCAAACCCUCUAAGCCUGCCCGAACGAAUGGUAAUGCUGAGCCAGUCAAUUGUUAGAAUUUGAAAAUUUAAAUUUCAAAUCAAAAAUUGUUAAAACGAACCAACCAACGAAUAGUUUUUUUUUUAUUAACUUUUGUGAAACGAAUGCUUUUAUUGUUAUUGUUAGGGCUGCAAAUAAGCCAAAAACUACGACCAAAACAAUUAUUUAUAU